UCGCUGCACCAUUGAGCUAACUUCUUCUGUGUUCCGCCUCCUUCAUAGUAUGUGUGGAAUUCUUUGCAUUUUCACUCCCCACGGAUCCACAACUUCCGACCACGAUAAGCAAACUUGUUGCAAUGGUGCAUCGACAAAGUGCAGUGAUCGUUCCAGUGAGACCUCCAGUGAGACAUUGCGCGAGCUAGCUUUUCGGCAGUCUAGUAAACAGCGCCACCGUGGUCCCGAUCAAACCGGACUGAUCGUAAGCGACAGCGAAGCGUUUGUGUUGGUACAAGAACGGUUAUCAGUUAUUGGGGUGAAAACUGGACGUCAGCCACUGACAUCCACUGACGGCACUAUCCAUCUGGUGGCCAAUGGAGAAAUUUACAACUUCCCACACCUGGUGUCCUUGAUCCGCAGUGCCAACGGGAAUGAAUCGUACAAACCUCGCAGUGAUUGCGAUGUCUUGGUAGCCUUCUACGAGCUGUUUGGUCCCGAAAAAUUGCUGCAAACCGUGCGAGGGAUGUUUGCGUUUGUGCUGUACGACUCCAACACUCAUCGACUGCUGGUGGCCCGUGAUCCGAUCGGAAUCGUACCGCUCUACUACGGUUGGGGUGAGCAAGGGAGUCUUUGGAUCGCCAGUGAGCUGAAGUGUCUUGUGGAGUGCUGUCGGGGAGUGGUUGUGUUUCCUCCCGGCCACGCGUACUACGGAACUAGAGAGACUUUCAGCCCACAAUCUUAUUUCUCUGCCCCUUGGAUAACGGAAAUUCCAACCACCAACGCUAACCUAGACCUGUUGAGAAUUCAACUCGAAGCUGCUGUUGAGUCACAUCUGCAGUGUGAAGUUCCGCUUGGUGCUCUGCUCAGCGGAGGACUUGAUUCCAGCCUGAUCGCCUCGAUCGCCUCCAGAAUUUUGCGACGCACUACCGGCAAUCCAAACUAUCGUCUGAAGACGUACAGCAUCGGGCUUGUUGGAGGGGGUCCAGAUUUACAGUUCGCACGCACCGUAGCCCACCACAUCGGGAGUGAGCACACCGAGAUCCAUUUUAGCAUUCCCGAGGGCUUAGACCUGGUGAGAGAUGCCGUGUACCAUGCCGAAACCUAUGAUGUCACAACGAUACGUUGCAUCAUCCCGGUACUGUUGUUGGCAAGGGCUAUCCGUAGCGAAGGCAUCCGGGUCGUGCUCUCGGGUGAAGGUGCAGACGAACUGUUCGGCGGCUACCUUUAUUUCCAUCGUGCGCCCAAUGUUGCGGAAUUUCAUCGCGAAACAGUGCGCCGUGUGUUUGGGCUCCAUCUGUCCGACUGUCUGCGAGCGAACAAGGGAUGUGCAGCUUGGGGAUUGGAGCUACGAGUACCGUUUCUCGAUACCGAUUUCUUGCAGCACGUUAUGUCUAUUCGUCCCACCGAUAGAGCCCCCGGGGCAGCGGAUAGCAAUGCCCGCGCAGGUUUAGAAAAACGCAUUCUUCGGCAAGCGUUUGCCGAUGGUGACUAUCUUCCGGAUGAAGUGCUUUGGCGACAGAAGGAGCAGUUUUCCGACGGUGUAGGAUAUGAUUGGAUUGAUUCGAUUUCGCAAUGGGCAUCGGAGCACGUAAGCGAGCAGGAGUAUGUGACAGCAGCUGGCCGGUUUCCCUUCAACACACCGACCACGAAGGAGGCGUUCUACUAUCGGAAGCUGUUCGAGCAACUGUUCCCGGGAUCGUCCUUUGCCCGGACGGUACAGCGAUGGAUGCCACGUACCGAUUGGGGAUGUCCGGAAGAUCCAUCCGGCAGGAAGCAAAACGUUCACCGCGAUCACCAGCAGCGCACGGCGCAAUCAGUGCUAAACUGAUGCAGUAAUUAAAACAGAGAUGAAUAUUGAAAGAAGUUUGUUCUAUUCCAUCGCAUUAAUUCCCAAAGCGGUUCUACCGGAAAUGAGGAAGUGGCCUCGCUUUUGAAUAAUAAUGCCGUGUGCCUUCUUUCAUGAAUCGCAAGAUGCGUGCGGUGUUACUGAUGGAUGAUAAAUGAGAAAUGAU